AUGGCGGCGCUCAGGGCGGCGGUGCCGGUGCUGGCGCUGCUCGGGCUAUGCCCGGGUCCCGCGGCCGCCGCCGCGCCCCUGGUGAUCUGGCACGGCAUGGGAGACAGCUGCUGCAAUCCGGUGAGCAUGGGCUACAUCAAAAAACUGGUGGAGAAGAAAAUCCCCGGGAUUUACGUCCUGUCGCUCAAGAUCGGGAGCAGCCUGAUCCAGGACAUGGAGAACAGCUUCUUCAUGAACGUCAACGCUCAGGUGAGCGAGGUGUGCAGGCAGCUGGCCCAGGACCCGCAGCUCCAGCGCGGCUACAACGCCAUGGGCUUCUCCCAGGGAGGCCAGUUCCUGAGGGCUGUGGCCCAGAGGUGCCCUGCUCCUCCCAUGCUCAGCCUCAUCUCCGUUGGAGGACAGCACCAAGGGGUUUAUGGAUUCCCUCGCUGCCCUGGGGAGAGCUCCCACCUGUGCGACUGGAUCCGCAGAACCCUGGACCUGGGGGCCUACAGCAAGGCAGUGCAGGAGCACUUGGUGCAGGCAGAGUAUUGGCAUGACCCCCUGAAGGAGGAGGAGUACAGGAAAAACAGCAUUUUCCUGGCUGACAUCAACCAGGAGAGGGGUAUCAAUGAGACCUACAAGAAGAACCUGAUGGCUCUGAAGAAGUUUGUGAUGGUGAAGUUCCUCAAUGAUACCAUGGUGGACCCUCCAAUCUCUGAGUGGUUCGGGUUUUACAAAAGUGGCCAAGCCAAGGAGACCAUCCCAUUGCAGGAGACCUCACUGUACAAAGAGGAUCGCCUGGGGCUGCAGCAGAUGGACAAGGCAGGGAAGUUGGUGUUCCUGGGGGUGCAGGGGGAUCACCUGCACUUCUCAGAAGAGUGGUUUGACAGCACCAUCCUCCCCUUCCUGCACUGAAGCUCCCUGGGCAGGGUUUUUGCUGUAACUCACACCAGUAACUCACACCAGCCACUGUGCACAGCCCUUGGGGCACCCAGGCCUGCAGGGAUUGGGGAGGGGAACAAGAGGGGGUUUGGUUCAGAG